ACAACCGUACCGUAGAUAGACGUCGCUGCGCGCGCUGCUACUGCUAUCUAGCUAGGAUUUGUAUAUUUUGGUAGUAUACAACACGACUCGAUCGCAGGUGCACCGAAGCUGUUUCUGUUGGGCUUGUGAAUUGUGCGAACCUCGUUGCUAAAAUGGCUGGAAACAUCAUCUCCAAUGACAAUGGCGAUGCCAUGGUUUUUUGUGGCACGUUGAUACACGCUACAAAAGCAUCACCGAUGGUCAUACUCCAAGAUCAAGUUAUUGGUGUGCGAAAGGGGAAGAUAUUAUUUGUGCAGCCGAAAGAGGAUUUAGACAAACUUUUGGACCAGCAUAAUCUUUCCAAAGGAUGUGUGAAAUACUUGACAAAGUACCAGUUUGUGAUGCCUGGUCUCAUCGAUACCCACAUCCACGCCCCCCAGUCCGUCUACGCCGGCACCGCCCUGGACCUUACGUUACUUGAUUGGCUGAGCCGUUACACCUAUCCAACAGAAGCCAAGUUCAGUGAUCUGGACUUUGCUACUCAUGCCUACAAGAAAGUGGUGAGGCGUACAUUAACAUGCGGUACAACAACAGCCACUUACUUUGCAACAAUUCAUAAGGAAUCUUCUCUUAAGUUAGCAGAAAUUGCAGCUGACCUGGGUCAAAGGGCAUUUGUUGGAAAAGUGAAUGCAGACAAGAAUUCACCUUCAAAUUACAUAGAAACACUGGGCCAGUCCUUAGCAGACACAGAAUGGUUUAUUGAGAAGAUGAAAGACUUAGACAACCCUCUUAUAGCUCCUGUCAUCACGCCCCGCUUUGCUAUCACGUGUUCCUGGGAACUCAUGACAGGUUUGGGAGAGCUUGCUAAAAAACACAAUAUACGUGUGCAGAGUCAUAUAUCUGAAAACAGAGAUGAGAUCAAGAGUGUAUUAGAGGCUUAUCCUGAUUGUAAGAACUACACAGAUGUCUAUGACAAAUGUGGACUCAUGACUGACAAGACUCUGAUGGCCCACUGUGUGUACUUGGAUGAUGAUGAAAUCCAGACCUUCAAAGACAGAGGUUCAGCUAUGUCACAUUGCCCCUGCUCAAACUUCUCGUUAAGGAGUGGUGUGAUGGACUGUAGGAAGAUGAAGGACAGUGGUGUCAAACUCGGGCUAGGAACAGAUGUGUCUGGUGGUUAUAAUCCGUCCAUGUUUGGAGCCAUACGAGAUGCUGUCACCGCAACCAACGUGCAGAGUAUACAACAUCUACCAGAGCAUCCAUAUAGACACCUUGAUUUUAAAGAAAUCUUCCAGUUAGCAACAUUAGGUGGUAGCGAAGUUCUUGGGAUAGAGGACACAGUUGGUAACUUUGAAGUGGGCAAGGAAUUUGAUGCAUUACUGGUUACCAUGGAUACGGAAGACUCACCGUUUGAAAUCUUUGAAAAUGCUGCAUACGAAGAUUCACUUGAGGUGAGUUUGAAAUCUGUGGUAAAUUUUCAAGAUGACGUGGUUCAAAAGUUCUUCUUCCGAGGGGAUGAUAGAAAUAUCGAGGAGGUCUACGUGUGUGGAAGGAAAGUCAAGCCAUUCAAGGAUGAGGAGACAAAACAACAACAACAACAAUAGUCAGCUUAAUCGUGCUUUGGGAAGAGAGCAAGAGGAUACGAUUUGAAUAUCUUUCUGUUUCAAGUUUUUCCUCUUUAUAAGAUAAAGCAGGAGAAGAAGAAUCUUUGGUAGACAGUUUGAUUUGUCUCGUAUUGUAUGUGUUGAGAGAUGAGAUCAUAUGUUGAUAGUCAGAAGGAUGUUAACUCUGUGUUAUAACAUAUGGAGCUAAUACCCUUCUAACUCUGAGCACAGAUUACAAUGCCAUUGUCAAAUUGACUGUAAAUCAUGGCAUUUAAUCUACUGGGCAAGAUAUUUAUUUCAAAUUCAAUUAUAUAUCCUUCUUUAAUUGCCUUUUAACAGAAAGAGGAGAAAUUAAUAUAUAUAUAUAUAUAUAUAUAUCUAUGAACAAAUCAUGCGCACUGAUUGUACUAUUGUACUAUCAACAUUUUGAUUUUGAUUCGGAGAGACCCAAAUUUGACCCAAAAACGACCUUUCACAUGAGUGACCAAUACCUGCCCUAGGUUUCUCUUAUUUUCAGUCAUGUUUUGUUCACAAUUUUGUAGAUUAUUUUCUUUAUUAGUGAAUAAUUAAAGAAUGUGCAGCGUGUUUUCGAAAAUGUUUAACUUAUAAUGAAUGUGUUUCACCUGUGUGCUUUGGGAUUAUUUUACUUGAGUUAUUUUAGUUAUCUCUUUGAUUUUGUUGCAAUCACCCAUAUCACUAUAAAAUACAAUGUCCUAUUUAUAGCAAUCAAACCAAACACACACCAGUAUUCUAACAGUGUCCUCAAGGAAACUUUGCUGCAUUUGAUAGCGUAUGGAUGCCCUCACUCAUAGGGUAGUAUUUGAUGUAGAUACUGAAAAUGUGUGCUUUAAGAAGUCAUUGUAAAACCUCAGGCAAUUCUUACAUUAUCAUUGUGCAUUGAGCCUUGUCUAGUGCUCUUUUCUUGAUGUGGGUUUUAUGAAUUUAGGGUGACUUAGGUUUCUUUUUUUUCUUUUUUAAAAUUCAAAGUAAUAUUUGUUAUGAUUCAUAUAUACCUCUUAUUAUCUGUAGCAAGCCAGAAGGACAGACCAUGUAUGCGGAGUCAUGAUAUGAGUUAACACCCUUCUGGCACUGAACAGAUGAUAUUUAGAUCCUUUUUGAAAAUUUGUCAAUCCGUCGGUCAAUUGAACCUGGUGUCACCGAAGCCACUGGCCCGUCUCUGUGACUAAGGCAUUGGUGUCUAAGCCAGUGACCCAAGUUCAAUUACAGAGGGAGACACAUUUUCAACCUAUGCAAAAAAAUUCAAAAAGGGAGGACAGCAAUUUUGUAGAUGCCAAACUAAUGUAAGAGUGCCAUCUCUCGUCCGAUUUGAAAUUUAUAAGUUAUAGAAAAAAUGAAAAAAGAAAAAUCACUGGCAGUAACCCUGGGAAACGACAGAUUUUUAACCACUUCUCCUGCUUUGAAUUUCCGCUUUCUUGUUCUUGUUUUGUUUGGACAACAAUAGGAAUUGAUAGAAUCAUUGUAUUAUAGCAUUCUGAUCGACUUGACAUGAAGAACGUUAGAUGGAGCCACAGUAGUGAGUUCAAAUUUAAAGUUUUAGAGACACAUCUAUUGACAGAUCCUGCAGGUCAUCCUAUGUUUACAAUCCUUGGCAAGAUAUGAAGACUGAAGGCAAGCAAAGCACAGCCCUUUUGAUUUUCAAAUUGCAAAUUUCUCUUCAUGAGGUUUCUUUCCCAGGGCCAUGCAUUAUGCUGUAGGGUGAUUUUCUUUGUCACAAUAAAAACACUUCACUUCCUCACUCUUCUUCAUGCUGGGAAGGUUUUUGUCUUUGUUUGUGUUUCUCCAGCUUUGGCAGAUCCUCCAUUAUUACCAUAGAUGGGGUUGUUUACUGAUAAAGCUUACCACAUCUUCGAAUAAGAGGGGCUCAUCCCGAUUCUGAAGUACACCAUCCUCAAAGCUCCUCCAUCUAUCUUGCAGUCUGAACAGCAGCUUUGAUAUGCGUAGUCAAUCACCUGUUGAAGGUUUAGGUCCUUAGCCAUAUCGCCUAGCUCAGUCACAAACAAUGAAAAGACUUAGCAUACCGGUACCCUCCGGAUCCUCACAUCUAAUGUUUGGCCAUGCCAUUGCCUUGUUGAUCAUGGAGUCAAACUUGCUUUCUGGGAGCAUAGUUGCUUUGUUGAAUGCUGCCUUGGCAUCACCUUCAUACAUGCAACUUCUCACCAUCUCAUUCGCCUUUCCCCUGGUGUAUCGUUCCAAGUAAUGUAGCUUGUCAGAGUUGUCUGAUAUCUUAGACUCUACUACAUACUGAAAGGCCCUCUUAAAGGCGUGGUAGUGCAGCGGAUUCCUGUCAAAAGGCUGAAUGUUCCUUUGAGGUAAAGCGACUUCAUGUGGCAUUCUAACAGCAUGUAUGUAAGUUUGGUUUGUUGUCGUUGCAGCUUUACCCAGUUAACAUCAAUACGAGGGUUAGUUCCACACUCGUACGUCUUGCACAAGUUCUUGGUUCUUGCUUUCUUGUGUUGAUUUUUCUUUUUAAUAAUCUACAUUCUUGACUUUACUGAAUUAUCACACUGUUGUAAUGCUGCUGCUUGGGCUGUAGCUGUAGCUAAUUCUGUCUGAACAGCAAGUUGCUCCUUCUGAUUAAUUCCUGCUCUUCUUUCCUGUUUAGACUCUCUAAUUUUGCCAGCAAUUCUACUGUUUUCAUGGCUGUUUCCAUGAAGAAUUUCCUGGAAUCCAAUGUUCUGUGAUUUACUUGAUGCUUGAAAUACGCUGACUCAGACCUGCCAACCAGUUCGAUUUAGUCGUAUUUAGUACGAUUUUUAGAAGCAAAUAGGACAGU